CGCUCAUGCUCGCUAUGAUGGCGAUAUUGACAUCCGGCUCAAGUAUGAUACGCUGGCUACACACUGAUCGGAAGUGGACUCAAGAACAACUCAAGCCGGGCGGCUACUUCGUCUUUUCCUACCUGUUGUCAAUAGUCACGCCCAUAUUCUUCGUCGCCUGGUCCCUGCAUUGUUUUAUCUUUGCGAUGUUGAUAGCGGGCUUUUGCUCCCACAGCACGAUCUACCGCAUAGUAACUGCACUCUGGCUUGUUACGUACGUCGUCAAUAUUGGAACGAUAUUGAUGCAAGCUACGUGGAAGUAUACGACAUUGUAAUCUCAAUGGGCCAUGCUCGAUAUCGUUUAUAGUUUCCAUUUUCCACUUUGCUCCUUCUCCUUGUCACUCGUGCUUUGUCUAUGCAUUUUUAUAUAUAAUCUCUCUGAUGUGGCGCGCAGCUGUGAGGUGUGCUCGAAAUGUAGAUGAUUAAAUACAAGGGAUUGACUUUUAUUUCGUGUUGUACUAUUGUCUCGAAAGAAGUCCAGUCGCUAUUCAUUCACUCAACAGAAAUCAGCAGACAUGCUACAUAACAUCUUUCG